AUGGGCUUUGAAUCAGAUGAAACUUUCUCUCAAGAAAAAGACGACACACCAAAUAUGCAGAGCUUAGUGCCACCCUCGGAUGGGUUCCGAGAAGGUGGGUAUGGCUGGGUUUGUGUUGCUUGCACCUUCCUCAUGAACGCCCAUACAUGGGGUAUCAAUGCUUAUCUCAACGAAACUCAGGCAUACGGAGUUUUUCUUGCCUUUUAUCUUUCGUCCGAUAUCUUUCCUGGUACAUCGUCUCUGGAGUAUGCAUUCGUUGGAGGCUUGAGCAUCUCUUGCGCUAUGCUCAUUGCACCUCUCGCCACCUACCUUUGUCACCGGCUAUCCCAUCGCUUUGUUUUGAAUGUUGGGACCCUCCUCGAAGCACUCUCCUUGAUUGCCUCCUCAUUUGUGAAAGCCAACUGGCAGCUCUUUCUCUCUCAAGGAGCUUGCUUCGGGUUUGGCAUGGGACUGUGUUUCUGUGGCUCCGUUGGGAUUACUUCACACUGGUUCAAGAAGCGACGAAGCUUAGUCAAUGGUAUUGCUUCCUCUGGCUCGGGAAUAGGCGGUUUAGUCUAUUCACUUGCAGUUGGUAAGAUGAUCCCGGAAUUCGGCUUUCCAUGGGCAAUGCGCACACUGGGAAUUUUAUGUUUCGUCAUAAAUCUGACUUGCGCCAAUCUCCUUCGUAUCCCCUCAUAUUCAGCCAUCGCAGCAAAAGCCUCACCCUUUCGCCUGUCCAUCAUUCUGAGAUUAGACUAUCUAUUACUGCUAGGCUGGGCAUUUUUAAGCGCACUAGGUUACGUGGUUUUGCUUUUCAGUCUGCCUAGCUUUUCAAUCGCAAUUGGCCUAACCCAGCAGCAAGGCAGCUUGGCAAGUGCUCUCCUCAACCUCGGCCAGGCUAUCGGGCGCCCAGCAGUUGGCCUUUUGAGUGAUCAUUAUGGGCGAGUUCAUGUUGCCCUUAUUGCUUCGCUUUUGACAGGCAUUCUGUCGUUGGUAUUAUGGACUUUUGUCGAGUCACUUGGCUUGACCUACUUCUUCUCGAUAGCUGUUGGAUUGUUCGCUGGAACCCUUUUGGCUGCCGCUGCACCGCUUGCCGCCGAAGUUGUGGGUUUGCAAGAUCUUGGCACAGCACUUGGUAUGCUGUGGUUCAUACUCUGCCCCCCAACAACGGUAGCUGAAGCCAUUGCGUUACAACUGAGGGGCUCUUCAACAGAGUCAAAGUCGUAUCUAAGAGUGCAACUCUUCGUUGGAUUCAUGUAUAUAGGUUCCGCUCUCUGUUUGGCUUUCUUGUGGUUUGAGCUACGGAGGAAGCGAACGCUCGCCUUGAGUUGA